AUUUACACGCACACAAACACACACGCCCACAAUAUUAUUAUACUGAGUUUUCCACGAUCGGAACUGACUUCCACUCUGCGUUCCUUUUAUCAUCAUAUUCUUUUUAGACUUCGUUUAUUUUUCAUUCUCAGGCCCUAACACACGUCCGAAUCUAAAAUUACUACAAAGGUCAUUAGAGAGUAUUUAUUGUGACAAAAUGGCUCACUCCGACACGUAUGGUUACUGUAAUACGUCAGAUCACUCCGAAUUAUUGGGUCUUUCAAAUUUAACUCUCCAACCAUACGAAUCUAACCCAAAUUUAAAAGAAAACCUAGAAGAAAUGUAUCACAUGCUCGUCCUGCAGGUCAAUUCAUUAAACGGACCUGAUGUAAAAAAAUUUAGUUCACGUCUAGCGGCCGUGUGCUAUCAGUUAGGACGAAUAUACUAUGACACGGAAGAUGAUUCAGCAAUGGCCGAGUCUAUGUUUCUCAAAGCAAAAGACACUGUCGAAGAUCACGAAUCAGAAGCUGAUAACAUACUAAGCGUCAUAAACUCCCUCAAUAUGUUGGGUUACAUCAAGGAAAAGGAUAAUGAUGAUCACGAAGAAGCUUUACAAUACUUACUGGAGGCACAGUAUGUGUACCAAGAGUACAACGAGCAAAGGUGGGGAUCGGCCACAACCGUCAAUAAGCUGCUGCCUAAUUGCCCAAAAAAACGCGCGUUGAUCACGAACAAGAAUCCUCUGAUAAGUUCAAGACUAUUUACGCUAUUCUAUAUCAUCGAGGUGUACAAGAACCGUGGCAAUAUCACCGACGCGCUUAUGUGCACACAUCUUACACUCAAGCUUCAACUGGAAAACAAUCUGUUUCUACAAAGCCCAUUAGAUUGGGCCCUGUCUUCUGCUCUAAUUGCAAAUUUGCUUUGUCAACAGAAUGCCUACCAACAGGCCAGACAUCAUUUGGCGGCAGCAUCAACGUUCAUGGAAAAGAUUAUACCCAAACAAUACAUCAAUCUAUACAAUUCAGAAACAUAUAAACAAUAUUCAGCAGACAUUUCGCGUUGUUGGGCCAGAUACGGUUUGAGAUUACUGAAGAAGUCCAAAACCAGAUUGAUGAAGCAGAAAACGCAUAAACAACCGCCUAUGAUCUUUAAUAAUUUAUUGUUCAAGAAUUUCAACAUGUGGAAUGAAGAACGGGUGACACGGUACUACGUGAAUAAUUACGAGGAUGCGCAAUUGUUGGCUAAUAGCAUAUUGAUAAACCUUAAUCGUACGAAAAAGUAUUAUACAUUUGAAAAGUCUGCUAGUUAUUAUUCAGAUCUAUGUAUGGACACAUGCCUCACGUACAAACUAUUGUCUUACUUCCAAGACAACCCAGACAAGAUGGGAAAGCUUUUCAAAAAAGGAAUUGUGGACUUAGAGUUAACAGUCAAUAGACUCAACGAGGAGAAUUGUAUGAAUAUUUGCAGACGCAUCUGGUAUGAAUUGGGAACAGUGUAUAGCGAUAUGAUGGAUAUCAAGUAUGAGCGACACGUCAAGAAUAAACUGGUACUCACAGAAUACGCGAUUAAAAAGAUUAAUCUGUACUCGAGCUCGUCUAUUAAAUAUUAUUUAAGAUUCAUCGAAUCGUUUUACGUGCAAAGAAAGUUACCAGAACAUGUAUGUGAUCCAUAUGUGAAACCAGUGUUGUUAGCUCAUUUGCAUAUGGCUAGAUGUAAUCACAAAAAGAUUGUCAAUCAAAAGAAUGUUAAAUUAGAGAUUUUGUUUCAGUGUAAACAAUACUACCAGACUGUUGUGGAUUACUGCCAGAGAGAUCCUAGAUUGGAAUCAAUGAUUCCUGUCGAGUUGACUAGUUGUAGAGAAUUAUUGCUGUCAAUUCCAUCAAGGGUAGAUCAACUACUCAAGACACAAGGCCCAGUAAGAUAUUACGUUUAAUAUUCUAAGCCAAAUAAUGAACUAAGUGACUAUAAUAAUAAGAUCUUUAUUGUAUCUAAUAUAAAAAUGCCAUUUCCCUACUCUCAAGCAGUCAAUAUUAUGUAAUUUUUUUAUUAUGUUUUGUUAUUUUAUAUUUAAAAAAUUUAAGAUUUUAUUUGAUAUAAAUCUAAAUAUUUAUUAAAUUCUUGCAAAGAUUGAGAAAUUAUUUAACCAUUUAAGGAACAAUAAAUUUAACGCAUUAUAAUAGUAUUACUCAUUAUCAAUUUUUACCUUUUUAAAAAAUGUAUAUUGUUUGUUAUAUUGCUGUUUAAUAUAGUCUAUGGCGUAGCUUUAAAAGUUGGGUUCAAGAUUGAAAUUUUCAGGAGGUUUCUCUUUAUAGGGAUUGUCAUACUAUAUGGAGGGUGCUGUGAGAAAUUUAAAGGUUUUAUAAUGAUACUUUUGUAAUAAGUAGGUACCUAUUUAUUAAUUAGUGUCUUGAUGUUUAAAAAAAAAAUUACAUCUUAACUCUUGUUAUAUACCUACGUUUAGUUUUGAUUUGACUGAUUUGAGUGAUUAAAGAUUUAUAAAUAAAUUAUACUGAUUAAUUUUAAUGGUUGUUAUUCAGCUAUUUUUUAUGAGUAAUUAAUUUUAAUUUUAAAAGACUGUUAACAUGAUAUAAAAUAAAAACAUAUAUUACAAUAUACAGGUAGGUAUUACCGACUACCAUACUACCUUUAUUAUUACUGCACCCUUCAGGCUCCAAUUGCUCAAUAGUUACGCCAUGUAGACACAGCUCUUAUUUACUGUUUUGUAUUUAUCAUGACUUACUACCUUUACAUGUGUUAUUAUAUUUAUGUUACAUCCUUAAUAAAUUAUAUAAGCAGGUAUUAUGCUGUUGAAAAAACUUAGAAUGUUUAUUUAGGCUAAAAUAUUUAUAAAUUAAUUGUAAUAUUUAAAUAUUAAUUUAACUUUUUUUUUAUUUGUAUCUACGAACAAUGCUUAACUUAUACCUAUCUACCUACUUAUAUUAUUCGUAUUUUUAGUAAGUAAAAUUAUUUGAAUAAUGUGCCCUAAUGUGUGUUAGUAGUUAUAAUACUAAAAUAUUUAUUAUAAUA